AUGAUCAAGCUACAUGCAGCAUUUACGUCAUUAAUCAAGCACUGCGGCGAGGCGACAUCAUCAGCGCCUUUCCUAAGCACGCUGGACUACUCUAUCCCGCAUAUCACCCUUUCCCUCCUCCCCAACCUCACACCCAUCAGCACAAUGUCUGCCGUCGCAACAUUACGAGGCGAAGCGCCCCAGCAGGUCCGAUCUCUGUAUCGCCAAUUAUUGCGUCAGGGCGAGCAGUUCACGGCCUACAACUUCCGCGAGUACGCGAAGCGGCGAACGAGGGAUGCCUUUCACGAGCACAAGGCCGAAAAGGACUCGCGCAAGGUUCAGGAACUUAUCCAGAAGGGCCUCAAGGAGCUGCAAGCGAUGAAGCGCCAAACUGUGAUUGGACAGUUCUACCAGCUUGACCGAUUAGUUGUCGAGGGGAGACUUGCAGACUCUGGCAAGCCGGGUCAAGUGGCGAAGCAAUAA